AGACUGGACUGGUCGUCCAAAGUAGGUUCAAGGGUGCACGCGUCUCUAAACUAGGUUAUCACGUCACCACCAGUUCUUGCUUGUCAUAGUUGAAUAUUCUUUCCGUCCAUAGAUUCCUGGUUUAGCUUGAAUGAGAAUCCUAGUAUGAACAUCGGAAGCAACUGCUUUUGUCUGGUCUCAGAAUUUCAUCUACAUGAUAUGAUAUUAAAUUUUCAUGAAGAAUGAACAGAGAUACCAUGGAGAUGUAGCACAGUAACAAUAAUCAAAACACGUUCUUAACCAAAUUACUGCCCGGUCUCACAAAGCAUAAUGAAUCCGUUGUUCACAAUCAUCGGAAUUCAGGAUGUGGCCGCAUCCAUAACCUCAGCUAAUAAGAAUGAUGGCCCGGAUCACUUUCGAGCUUCAACAGCAACUAAGCCUAGUGAAAGCCUCACAAGGAGAUGGCUGCUGCUUCAUCUCUAUCAUCUGGUGGCCGUUGGAACUAUGAUGUGUUCCUCAGUUUUAGAGGUCAGGACACUCGCAAGAUCUUUGUGGGCCAUCUCCACAAAGCUCUUGAUCUGAAAGCAAUCAACGCAUUUAUAGACUCUGAAGAUCUCUGCAGAGGCAACGACCUUUCAGAAUUGCUCAGGGCUAUUGAAGACUCUAGGCUUUCUAUCGUAGUUUUCUCCCAACAUUAUGCUUCUUCCACAUGGUGUUUGAAAGAACUGGUUAAGAUACUUGAAUGCGUGGCUGUGAAGAAGCAGCUAGUGGUGCCCAUUUACUAUGAAGUAGAUCCAUCUGAUAUCCGCAAACUGAAGGGAAGCUUUGCCGAGGCUUUUGUGAAACAUGAGCAAGAUUCUAAUGCCGGCAUGGACAAGGUGAAUAGGUGGAAGAUUGCUCUAAUUGAAGCCAGCAAUCUAUCUGGCUGGGAUUCAUGAAAUUACACGUAAUGCUUCUUCAUAA